AUGGCAAUUAUUAAAAGAGGAGCUAGGAAUAAAACCGCCUCGCAGCCUGCCAAAAGAUCAGGCCAAAUAAAGAAGGCUACCUUUGAGCCUAACAAGAAACAGGAAGUUGGUGUUUCUGAUUUGACGCUUCUGUCAAAGAUAUCAGAUGAGUCCAUCAAUGACAACUUGAAGAAAAGGUUUUUAAAUGGUACCAUUUACACAUAUAUUGGGCAUGUCUUGAUCAGUGUAAAUCCAUUCCGUGAUCUAGGAAUCUACACCGACGCUGUCCUACACAGCUACAUGGGUAAAAACAGGCUUGAAGUUUCGCCACAUGUGUUCGGGAUUGCGGAGUCGAUGUAUUAUAAUUUGAAGGCUUACAAUGAGAACCAAUGUGUCAUCAUAUCCGGCGAAUCAGGUGCCGGUAAGACUGAGGCCGCAAAGAGGAUCAUGCAGUAUAUCGCAGCGGCCUCUGACACGCAUUCCGAUUCAAUCGGAAAGAUUAAGGAUAUGGUUCUUGCCACUAAUCCCCUGUUAGAAUCGUUUGGAUGUGCUAAAACCCUGAGAAAUAAUAACUCUUCGAGACACGGAAAGUACCUCGAGAUCAGGUUCAACUCUCAGUUUGAGCCUUGCGCCGGGCACAUCACCAAUUAUCUACUGGAAAAGCAGAGAGUGGUCAGCCAGCUUAAGAAUGAGAGAAAUUUUCACAUUUUCUACCAGUUCACUAAGGGUGCUUCCGAUAAUUAUAGACAAACUUUUGGCGUGCAACUUCCUGAACAAUACAUCUAUACGUCUGCGUCAGGGUGUACCUCUGUGGAUACUUUAGAUGAUUUGAAGGAUUUCCAGGAUACUUUGAACGCCAUGAAAGUUAUUGGAAUCUCCCAGCAGGAGCAAGAUGAAGUGUUUCGCUUUUUAGCCUCAAUUUUAUGGAUCGGUAAUAUCUCUUUUAUUGAAAAUGAGGAGGGCAAUGCACAAGUUCGCGAUACCUCAGUUACGGACUUCGUCGCGUAUUUGCUACAGGUGGAUGCACAACUACUGUGUCAAUGCCUGGUUGAAAGAGUGUUAGAAACAAAUCACGGCAUGAGAAGAGGCUCAGUUUAUCACGUCCCCUUAAAUAUUGUUCAAGCUACAGCAGUAAGAGAUGCCCUCGCGAAGGCAAUCUACAAUAAUCUUUUCGAUUGGGUUGUUGAAAGGGUCAAUGUUUCACUACAAGCGUUCCCUGGUGCCGAUAAGUCUAUUGGUAUUUUGGAUAUCUAUGGUUUUGAAAUUUUCGAUUUCAACUCCUUUGAACAGAUUUGCAUUAAUUAUGUUAACGAGAAGUUACAGCAAAUUUUCAUUCAAUUGACUUUGAAGUCUGAACAGGAGGAAUAUGCUAGGGAGCAAAUUCAAUGGACACCGAUCAAGUAUUUUGAUAACAAAGUCGUGUGCGACCUAAUCGAAGCUAAACGCCCACCUGGUAUAUUUGCGGCGAUGAACGAUUCUGUAGCAACUGCUCACGCUGACUCUGAUGCGGCAGAUCAAGCCUUUGCUCAGAGAUUGAAUCUUUUCAACAGUAAUCGCCACUUCGAACUCAGAUCUUCCAAAUUUAUAAUAAAACAUUACGCGGGCGAUGUGACUUAUGAUACUUUCGGAAUGACCGAUAAAAACAAGGAUCAGUUACAAAAGGAUUUAGUCGAUUUAGUAGCAUCGUCCUCAAACACCUUUCUGACUAGCAUUUUUCCUACCUCAGUGGAUCCAAGCUCUAAAAAAAGACCUCCCACUGCAGGCGACAAAAUAAUAAAAAGCGCCAACGAAUUGGUAGAUACAUUGUCGAAGGCCCAGCCAUCGUAUAUCAGAACAAUCAAACCCAACCAGUCGAAGUCUCCAAAUGAUUAUGACGACCGUCAAGUACUUCACCAGGUUAAGUACCUGGGGUUGCAAGAAAACGUACGCAUCAGAAGAGCAGGUUUCGCUUACAGACAAACCUUUGAUAAGUUUGUAGAGCGAUUCUACUUGCUUUCUCCACAAUGCUCUUACGCUGGUGAUUAUACUUGGCAGGGCGACUCUUUAGAUGCAGUGAAAUUUAUUCUGCGAGACGCUGCUAUCCCAGCUACAGAAUAUCAACUAGGUGUGAGCAAGGUCUUUAUUAAAACUCCGGAGUCGUUAUUUGCAUUAGAAAAUAUGAGGGACAAGUUCUGGUUCAACAUGGCGGCGAGAAUUCAGCGGGCCUGGCGUAGGUUCCUUCUCAGGAGAGUUGAUGCCGCAAGCAGAAUUCAAAGGGCCAUCAAAGAGAAGAAAGGUGGGAAUGAGUUUGAACAACUCCGAGACUAUGGAACCAAGCUCUUGGCGGGUCGAAAAGAAAGGAGAUCGAUGUCUUUGUUAGGAUACAGAGCUUUCAUGGGGGAUUACCUUUCUUGUAAUGAGUUCAAAUCUAAGGGUGCGUUUAUCAAAAAACAAGCCGGCAUCACCGAAAGGGUCAUAUUUUCCAUUCACGGAGAGUCGCUGCUUACCAAGUUCGGGCGCUCUGCGCUCAGACUUCGAAAGACACUGUUGUUGACGCCUUCUACCUUCUACGUCGUUGGACAAUCGGCUGCUCAGAACCAGGUCACUUACACUGUUGACCACAAAAUUGACGUCCGGCAAAUAAAGUUCGUUAGUCUAACAAACUUACAAGAUGAUUGGAUCGGCAUAUUCGUUACAAAUUCCCCCCUUCCUGAUCCUCUCAUAAAUACAAGUUUCAAGACGGAGUUAAUCACACACUUGAAAAAGAUCAACAGCGCAAUCGAAAUCAAGGUUGGCCCUACCUUGGAGUAUCAAAAAAAGCCCGGUAAGAUACACUUGGUAAAAUGUCAGCACAGUGAAACAGCUCCAAAGUAUGGGGACUUGUACAAAUCUAGCACAAUAUCUGUGCGCCAGGGCCAUCCAGGAAGCUCUAAAUCAAAACCAAAACCAAAGAAAAAUAGCACUUUGAGUGACUACAGCCCUUCCCCACUUUCAAAUCGGACCACAAAUGUCAAAUCUCAUCAUAUUGCUCAUCAAACUACAGUCAAAUCGGUGCCCAGUAAACCGGCCGUCCCACAAUCUCGACAAAGGAAGAUGCCACCUGCUCCCCCCGCAAAGAAACAAAUACCAGCAUCCGCUGUAUCGAGUGCGAAUGUCAAGAUUGCCGCAACUGCUGCUCAAGCUGCUUAUCAUCCUCAGCAGAGUACAUCGCCGACUGUUGCGAGCCACACUGUGCAUACGAACUUGGCGCAUGAGCAAUCUCGUAUAUCAAAGCCGACAGUUGCGACUUCUAAUACACAAACUGUCAAAUCGCAUCCUCCGCCCCCUCCUCCACCACUGCCAGCUGCUAAACCAUCUAUCCCUAAGUAUAUGGCAGCUUAUGACUUUGUCGGGACAGGAAGCCCCUCCGAACUUCCACUCAGCCGUGGUGACGUGGUCACUAUAUCUUCACAAGAACCGAGUGGUUGGUCGCUCGCCAAAACCUUGGACGGUUCUCGAGAAGGCUGGGUGCCCACAGCGUACAUGACUGAGUAUGAAGGCUCGAUCUCACAGGCUGCUGGGCAACAGCAAACCAACACUACAUCCUCUAGUGCAACUAACAUGGGAGCAGCAUCCUCAGCUGCCGCAUUUGGCUCAACUGCCGCAUCAGCUUCUAUAUCGGCCAACUCAUCAGCGGACGUAUCGGCGGAUGCUUUGACGUCUGCCCUCGCUGCUAGGGCCAACAAAAUGCGCUUGGAAAGUGACGAUGAAGAAGCUGAAGCUUCUGAAGAUGAUUGGUAA